AAGACGAAAUCAACAGGGACGCCCAAGUGAGAAUUGUUUUGUUGAAUUACACACCAUAUUUCUAACGUUAAAAUCAUCCUAAACAUACGCCACUAAGGUUUUACCUUACCAUAGUAUCGGGGAACAGAAGUGCUCGUUGGUUGGUAGCACCCGUAACGAUUGGAAGUGUUCCGUCAGCAUGUCUUCGUUUACCGAGACGGGGUUGGUUAAGAAACUUCUCGAUCUCAACAGCAGCCAGCAGAGCAUCCAGACCCUUUCCCUUUGGUUGAUACAUCAUCGCAAGCAUCAUUCAAUUAUCGUCAAAACAUGGUUAAAAGAACUGCAACGAGCACCCUCGGCGAAAAAGCUUACGUUUAUGUAUCUAGCUAACGAUGUGAUACAAAAUAGCAAAAAGAAAGGGCCGGAGUAUGGGCGUGAGUUCGAGCAUUACCUACCAAAGGCGUUCAAAUACAUAGCGCAAUCUUCGCCGGAACCAAAAACCAUCAACAACCUCAACCGGAUCCUCGGCAUUUGGGGCGAGCGCGGUGUAUACGAAGAGGUCAAAAUCAAAGAAUACUCGUUGGCGCUGAAUGGGACCGAGGCCAUCCCGAAGGUGGAAGCAAAUGGAAACGACAAGAAACGAAAAGUUUCUGAACCACCCGCCAGCACCAACGAGACUGAGCCAUCGAAAAAGGUUAGCCCGUCGGUUGUGCCAGAGAAGAAAGCCAAAAGUGAAGUGGUAGAAGUCAACGGUAAGGUGGAAACCCAUAUCACCUUAAGUCCGCAUCAACCAGACGGUGAUCCACCGGAACCGGAGGAACUCAUCAAGGUGAUAAUGGAGCUGGAAAACUCCGCGUCCAGCGACGGUGAUGUUCGGGCGAAGAUAGCAAAGUAUGAUGAGGCAGUGAUGAAACUGGCGGCACUAGACCGGAUGGAAGAUAAACAGACCGCGAUACAGCUCGCAGCUGACGUGAGUUUUCUGACAAAGGUAAAUAAUGCAAUAAAAAUGAUAAACGAUUACAACUCCCGGCUUGCAACGGAAAUGGACGACCGCAAGAAGCUAACGACCAUGCUUAGAGAUUUUCACCGGGAGCAGCAGGAGUUGCUUUUGCAAGCUGAAAAUCGGCUCGAGGAAUAUCAAAAUAAGCUCGCCAAAAUCAAAGAAGUACAAAAAGAAGUGAGAAACCAUCUGAACAAACUCCCAGACCUUACCUCCCUGCCGGAUGCACCCGGCGGAUUAGCUCCGCUCCCUUCCGCCGGAGAUCUGUUCAACGUACAUCAUCACUAGGGACAGAUGAAGCUGCUGAACGUUUGAUUUUCUGCCUCGUAGCACUAAUACAAUGUGUUUGUACGAUAUCGUUUUUCACGGUUUUCUGUAGUCCGUGCAGGCAAAUUGUUCUUUUAGGAAUGAAGCUAUAGCAAAAACUUACGGUAGUUGAAAAACAAGCUUAAGUAUCAGGUAUUUUUUUUACGUACUGCAGACUAUGAAAACAAGCUGAAGCAAUCCAAACAAUAACGCGUAUUGGAGGAAACAAACUAAUUGUAGGAUUACAUCCUCACCUGUAUCCGUACUGGAUGUGUUACAAAAUGACUAAUAAAUAGUAUUGUGUUUGAUGAACACAAUGUUGUA